AUGUUUUCUGGGAACCUUUGGGGUGCGGUUGCACCGGGAGGAGUCUCUAUUAGUGACCAGGAGCGGAAUCCUCCGGCAAGACCCAUACCUCUCGAAUUCCCCGACCAUAAUCCAUCGCGGAGUAAUGAGCCGUUGAGCCAUGAACACAUCACGUCCCUGUGUAGGGACCUGGUGUCAAUCCGCAGACCUACCGACCUGCAAGACUCUCAUCUUGCCCAGCUCAAUAUCAAUCUUGACAAGGACGUCCCUCCGGCAGAACUCGUCCCUGAUAGGCACUUCGAGUCUCCACCAUUUCUGUAUGACGCCGAUUUGAAUGCUAUGCUAGCAGAACUAGAGGUGGACAAUGAAGACGCAUAUCGGGAAAUUCUUCGAAUGCCUCCACUAGAAGGCAGGAAGAAGCCCCGUAUAGCAUAUUCGAGGAACUUCUUCGCGAGCUUGGAAGAUAUGAGUCGGUACUGGGAUGACAGCAAGGACCACUAUUACGAGGUCGAGGCAAAUGAAGCCGAACAUGGGGGCUCGAAACCCCCUCUUCCACAGUCUCGGCAACCGGCCGAGCAACCCAAUAGGCACGAACGGAUGGAAGUUCAAGCUUCAGCACAACCGUCACAGAAUGCCUCAGUCAAUGGAAACAGUGCAAUUACCCCAGAGUCUGCCGGAAUCCCAAAUGUGGACGCGGUGGCGCUGCCCACGCGACCCAAGAUGAAGCAAGUAUACAAGGGCCAUCGAUUCGGAAACGGCGAACAAAUGAACCCUGGAACAAGGGUGGCGGCUGUCAGAAACCUGUUAAAGAUGGCCAGCCACAAGUUCAACUGCCGAGACUACGAAGUCAGCCCGAAGGAGAGGCUCCGAAUCCGGAACAUCAAUCUACCUUCUACCUACUAUAGCUUCUGCAUCGCCAGAAUACCGGGCGAGGUGAAGCUGGCCAGAGCAAGAAUGGUCGAAGGACCACUAAUAGCAGUCCAUAGCAGGAACGAGGUCAGAUUCAAGUCGAGGGACGGUCUGCUCGGUCCGACCAGCGACUUUGUAGGCGAGAAGUAUGACCUGUUCAGGGAGGUUGCAGGUAUGUUGAUGCUUGCACAACAGCGGGCGCGUGAAGGGAGAGAGCUGUCGAAAGAACCGGGUGAGCACCAGUGGUGGGCGGUCAAGGCUCGCUGGGGUGGCGGCGAGCCCAAAUGGGGGCAUCUACCGCAUGAGGUGUUUGAGGAUGACGACCCGACUUGGAGUCCGCAAGAGAGAGAGCUGCAGAUGGAAAAAAGGAGAAAGGAAGAAGAAGAACGAAUAAAGUCGGAAGCGGCUGCCUCGGCCGACUUGAACAAUCUCAAACCGGAAGACCUGAUGUCUCAGUCUCAGCCGGUCUCGUCCGCAAGCCUUGAGCGGCCCAAGAAGAAAAAGAAAAGUGGCGAGAAUGGCAUUUCUUCCUCAUCUUCCAACAACAAGGCCGAAUACAGGGACGGAAAAAGGGUGGUGUACACGCAACCAAUCCGACGAAAAUGGUAUCAGGAAUGGACCAAGAUCAGGCCUAACGGCCCGACCUGGGACGAAAAGAUCAUCUAUAAGAGAAUCGGCAUCCAGGACCCUCAGAAAGGUGGAAGUGGCUGGGACGACAUCUACAUGCUUUCGGCGGUCAACCACCACGUGUGCAUAUUAAGGCUGAGUGUGCACGACAACUAUCUGGCUUGGCUGGAGAGUGGCAAGACACAGGAACAACGCAGCGAAACACGAUCCAAGGACACCGCAGAUGAGGCGACCAAGCAGGAGCAUAUCCUGUAUUUGAGCCGAAGUCGAUGGUACGAUCUUUUCGACAUCCAGCAACGGAAAGAGUUAUUCGUGGGGAUCUGGAGGAUCCUCUGUUGGCUUAAUCGAGACGGGGUGCCUCCUGAGGAAUAUGAGAAAAUGGAACAACGGCGGCGGCGCAAAGAGGAACAAGACAAGGAUUCGGGAGAUCAUCACAUGGAGAUCUAG